AUGGCGAUGCUGUCUAUCUGCACCAUCCCUCCGACCGCAGGACACGAAAAUACCAUAAUCUUCCUUCACGGCCGCGGAGACACAGCCAGAAACUUUAUGCACUCUUUCCAGGAAUGGCGCGACUCGGAAUCACGAUCCCUCCCUGAGCUGUUUCCCUCGGUCCGUUGGGUCUUCCCUCAAAGCGAGUUGCGCUCUCCUGUUAGAUUCCCCGGCGCCCGCAUGUCGCAAUGGUUUGACACCUGGGACAUUGCCAAUUUACACGAAAAGGAAGAACUUCAAAUCGAGGGCCUGAAGGAAAGCGUCGCAAGUAUCCGGUUGCUUGUGGACAGGGAGGUGGCCAGCUUGGGUGGACAGCGAGAGAAAGUCGUCCUUGCAGGGCUGAGUCAGGGCGGCGCGACGGCUGUGCAUACAGUUCUCAACGUAGCCAAAGGCCUUGGGGGUCUCAUGGUCUUCAGUGGGAGGAUGCCCUUUUCCGGCAGAACAUUAGCCAAAAUGAGAUCGAUAUUGGAUCUGGCCGAGGUCCCCGAGGACGACAGCGCAGUGCGGACGACACCCGUGCUGGUGCAACACUGCACCGACGACCCUCUUUCUAGGGUCCAGAAUGGACGGGAGGUCCGGGACAGCCUCUCAAGCUUCGGUGCUCAGGUGGAAUGGCGGGAGUAUCCGACUGGUGGGCAUUGGUUUCACUCUCCGCAUGGUAUGCAAGACGCUGCCGCCUGGCUACGUGCCCGGGUGUUCAAUGAGAAUUGA